AUGAAGAGGGAAAUAUUAACCCUGGCCUUUGCGCGAGCCGUCUCCGUGGAGUUCAUCGCCACGCUCAUCUUCGUCUUCAUCGGCCUCGGCUCGGCGCUCAAGUGGCCCUCAGCCCUGCCCAGCAUCCUGCAGAUCUCACUGGCUUUCGGGCUGGCCAUCGGGACCAUGGUGCAGGCGUUUGGCCACAUCAGCGGCGCCCACAUCAACCCGGCCGUGACCAUCGCCUUCUUCGUGGGCAACCAGAUCUCAUUCCUGCGGACGAAAAAAAUGGUUGGGGCCAUCGCCGGGGCAGGCAUCCUCUACGGCGUCACACCGGCCAAUACCCGCGGCAACCUGGCCAUCAACGCGCUCAACAACAACACGAGCCCGGGCCAGGCGCUCGUGGUGGAGAUGAUCCUCACCUUCCAGCUGGCCAUCUGCAUCUUCGCCUCCACGGACAACCGCCGGAGCGGCGGCGUGGGCUCCCCGGCGCUCUCCAUCGGCCUCUCUGUUGCUCUUGGCCACUUGAUCGGGAUCUACUUCACCGGCUGCUCCAUGAACCCGGCGCGGUCCUUCGGCCCAGCCGUCAUCAUGAGGAGGUUCAGUCCUGCACACUGGGUCUUCUGGGUCGGGCCCAUCCUCGGCGCUUGCCUGGCAGCGCUGCUCUACUUCUACGUGCUGGUGCCCUACUGCAUGAGCAUGUCGGACAGGAUGGCCAUCGUCAAGGGCACCUACGAGUCGGAGGAGGAGUGGGAAGAGCAGCGGGAGGAAAGGAAGAAGUCCAUGGAGCUGACCACCCCGUAG